AUGGGGAGCCCGCCAGACGAGGCGACCAAGCUCAAGGACCAGGGCAACACGGCCUUCCGCAACCAGGAGUGGGACAAGGCCCUGAGCUUCUACACAAAGGCCAUCGAGGCAUACGCCGCCGAGCCGUCCUUCUACACCAACCGCGCCCAAACAUACAUCAAGCUAGAACAGUAUGGCUACGCAAUAGCAGACGCCGACAAGGCAAUCGAGCUCGAUGCCAACAAUGUCAAGGUACCACGCCCGCAAGCGCCCGCUGCAUACUACCGCCGCGCCUCGGCCAACACGGCCAUCCUCAAGCAUCGCGAGGCCCUCCGCGACUGGAAGCUCGUCGCCAAGAAGGCCCCCAACGAUGCCAACGCAAAGCUGCGCAUGGCCGAGUGCGACAAGAUUGUCAAGCGAGACGCCUUCCUCAAGGCCAUUGAAGUCGAGGAUGCGCCCUCGGCCGCAGAGGGCCUGGACCUCGAGCACAUGGUAGUCGAUGCCUCGUACGACGGCGCCAAGCUCCAAGACAAGAUGACGGUUGAGUUCAUCGACGACAUGAUUGAGCGAUUCAAGACCGGAAAGAAGCUGGCCAAAAAGUACGUCUAUCAAAUCAUCAUCGCCGUCAUGGACAUCAUCAAGAAGGAGCCCACCAUGGUCGAAUACGACAUCCCACAAGGCACAGAGGUUACCAUCUGCGGUGACACCCACGGUCAAUUCUUCGAUCUCAUGGAGAUUUUCCGCCUGGCUGGAAAGCCCUCAGAAAAGCACGCAUUCCUCUUCAACGGUGACUUUGUCGACCGAGGCUCGUGGUCCACCGAAAUCGCACUGCUACUGUACGCCUACAAGUGGCUAUACCCCGACACUUUCUUCCUGAACCGCGGCAACCACGAGACGGACGAUAUGAACAGAAUGUACGGCUUCGAGGGAGAGUGCAAGGCCAAGUACACGGAGCGCGUGUUCAAGCUUUUCUCAGAGUCCUUUUCUGCGCUUCCCCUGGCAACUCUGAUUGGCAAGAAGUACUUUGUGCUCCAUGGCGGUCUCUUCUCAGACGACAAGAUCACUCUGGAUGACGUACGAAAGCUCAACCGAUUCAAGCAGCGACAGCCAGGACAGUCUGGCCUGAUGAUGGAAAUGCUGUGGACCGACCCCCAGACAACUCCUGGCCGAGGUCCCAGCAAGCGCGGUGUCGGCCUGCAAUUCGGUCCCGACAUCACCAAGCGCUUCUGCGAGAACAACGGCCUCGAGGCCAUUAUUCGAUCGCACGAGGUGCGCAUGGAGGGCUACGAAGUCGAGCACGACGGACGCUGCAUCACCGUUUUCUCAGCACCCAACUACUGUGACAGCACCCACAACAAGGGUGCCUUUAUCAAAGUCGGCCCUGACUACAAGCUCAACUUUACGCAAUUUGACGCGGUCGCACAUCCAAACAUCAAGCCAAUGGCGUACGCGUCACACAUGGCUGGCAUGAUCUAA